AUGUCAACAAUACGAGAGAUCCCAGGCUAUUAUUAUGACCAAGAGAAGAAGAGAUACUUCAAAGUAUCAAAUGGAAGUGUUCUGUCUCAAUCUCAACUGAAAUAUCAUAAUAAUUCAAUCCAGAAAGAAAAGCGGAAACAAUCAUUUCAAACAAGCAAUAAUCAAAUCUCAUCAAUUAACAGCAGAAGCAACAACAAGAAGCAGAAGAAGAAGCAAAAUGACAACAGAUCAACGAUAACUAAUCCACAAAUAUACAAACUACUACCCAAACAGAAAAAACAACUAGCAUAUGAUCCUUCAUGUCAUCUUAAAUUUUCAUUAUCGUCUACCGGCCUAUUAAAUCUAAAAACUGGUGCAAUAGAUUUAUCCAAAUUAUACAACAAAGAUGAUCAAAUAGAUAUAUUAAAAUCCCAAACUUCAUGUCCACGAUAUAUCCCAGAACUCGUCCCUAGAGGAAUAGUCCUCGCUCAAAUCAAUAAACAAUUAUUAUUUGUCCAUAGAAUCCCCAUCCCUCCUCCAAUUCCAGGGGAUUUAACUAAGAAGAGAUAUCCCAAAUUAUUAACCAUCCAAAAUAUCCGGAAUGGGAAAGUUUAUAAUAUCCCACAGUGUUGGAAUUUCGAAUGUGGGGGAUCUACAUUGAAUGAUUAUCUACCGUCCGAUGCUCUGAUUAUGGAAGAUAAAGUUAUUCAUAAUAUCAAAUUUGGUGCUGAGAAUAGUCAUAUCAAUUUUAUUCAACUUAUAACCGUCCAGACUGGGUUGGGGUGUAGUACAUUAUUACGAUUUCAUGGAUGUGAUGUGGAUACAUUGUCUACUUUUCAUUAUACUGCUGAUUUCUUGCGAUUUGUUAAAUUGAAAUCAGAUAAACUUCGUUCUAAAAUUAAACAAAGAUUGAAUAUAUUAUUCGGACUUGAGAGUGUUCUGCUUGUCGAAGAAGGAUCUCCUCCUGUUUGUUCUAUUGAUGAAGCAAAUGAUACAUUGGAAAAACUCCGGAAUUGUAAUCUAUUGGAUUGUGAGAAGUUGGUCCAAAAUCGGAAGUUGAAAGAUUUCCUCCAUUUUCGAGAUGUCGGAAUUCAGGAACCAAUGAUAUACCGGGAUCUUAUUUGCUACAAAGAUGAUUUGAGACUUGUUGCCGGAUAUUUCCACAACGCAAAUGAAUUGUAUCUUAUAAGUCUGCAAGGGGAUAUAAUUAAGAUUGUAUUCACAGUAAAGAAAGGUCAGCUAAUCUUCAAUAAGCUAUUUUAUGCUUAUAAAUCAAUGAAGCUGAGUAGUAUAAAGGAUAUCUAUAAGCUAAACAACUAUGUGUUUGUAGGCACAGGGAAAUCGUUACUCAGGUUUAAAGAUAGUGAUCUCGAAGAGUAUGGUUCAUCCCAAAAGUCAGUCGGAUGCCUUGAAGUAAAAAUAGAUUACGUUCGGAAAUUCAUUCCCUUGAGUAUUGAUCAACAUCUUGUUAUUAAACAAAACAAUAUUUCUAAAAUCCACUAUACCGGAGAAAAUACCGUAAUCGAACAACCCCAUAGAAGUUAUCUUAAUGACAACAACCCUCAUCAAACAUUUGAAAUAUUUAAUAAUCAUUUACUCUACAAUAUAGGAGAAAAUGAAUUCAUAAUUGAGAAUCUUAAUCGGAAUGAUGGGGAUAAUUUAACUAAAUUUAAAAUUGAAUUUAAUUUUCAAAAAUGUGGAUAUUUAAAGGGGUUUAAAUUGAUUAAAAUGAUUCAAAUGAAAAGUGAAACUAAUAGAUUAAGGAUUGGGUUUACGUUUUUGAAUCAAGAUGAAGAUACUACGAUAUUUAAUACUUAUGAAAUAUAA